GAAAAUUAAGAAUGCAUUUGUGUCGGUACAGCGCGUGGAGUAGGAAGUGGGUUACGGGUGUGUGACUACUCUGUGACUCGCAAAAGAAAUUAUGUUAAAUUAACAUUUUCUGUAAAAAUCCUGUUUUUAUAACUCGUUGCAACAUGAAUGGAAAAGUGCACACAGCAGAGGAAUUACCAGUUCCACCAGAUCUGAUAAACCCCUUCGUGCACCAUUUAGAAUUAUCAACCACUUACGACAAAAUAAAAACCGCCGUAUUCACAGUGAUAGUACUGCCGGUCAGAGUGCUAGCAAUUCUCCUGCUGCUAAUGAUGGCUUGGAUUCUGGCCUGUGUCGGCCUCAUGGGACUCUCAGAGAAGGAGCUCCGGCAGCGCCCUAUAACGGGGUGGAGACGCGAUACGAAGGAACUGGUAUCCUGGGUGAUGAGGUUGCUCUUCUUGCUUGGGGGUUUCCACUGGGUCACUGUACGUGGGAAACAGGCGUCUGCCAAGGACGCUCCCAUCCUCGCUGUGGCGCCGCAUUCCACUUAUUUCGAUGCUUUGCCUGUUGUGCUGAUGGGAGCACCCAGUGUCGUCGCUAAGGGCGAGACAGGACGCCUGCCAUUCUUUGGAAAGUUAAUCAACUAUACACAGCCUGUUUAUGUGUGGCGGGAAGACCCAAACUCAAGACAGAACACGAUAAAAGAGAUCAUAGACCGUGCUACUUCUGAUCAGGAUUGGCCUCAGGUUUUAAUAUUCCCUGAAGGUACGUGCACAAAUCGAUCAUGUCUCAUCACAUUCAAGCCAGGAGCAUUCUACCCAGGUGUGCCAAUCCAGCCUGUUUGCAUUCGCUACCCCAACAAACUGGACACAGUCACAUGGACAUGGGAAGGGCCCGGAGCGUUGAAGCUUUUGUGGCUGACACUGACACAGGUCCACAGCAGCUGCGAGAUUGAAUUUCUUCCGGUCUACACGCCUAAUGACGAAGAGAAGCAUGACCCCAAAUUAUAUGCCAAUAAUGUGAGACAUCUCAUGGCAAAAACUCUUGGGAUUCCCGUUUCUGACUACACGUAUGAUGAUUGUCGCUUAAUGACAAAGGCCAAGAGAAUGAAUUUACCGUUUGCAUCUGGACUUGUUGAAGUACAAAAGUUGAGACAAAAGUUAGGUCUCACCCAAACAAAUAUUGAAGAAAAAAUACUAAUACAAUCUCCACACAUUAUCACAAAUGAAGGUGGGCAGAUUUCUUACAAGGAAUUUGCAAGGCGCUUGGAAGUCCCUUCAACAAGUGAGGUCCUUCAGCAGCUAUUCAGAAUGUAUGAUAAGGACUGCACCGGCAUUAUUGACUUUCGGGAGUAUCUACUUGGUGUUCUCGUAAUAUCGAAAGCUAGUAACGCAGGAGAGAUGGUGGAAUUAGCAUUUAAGAUAUUUGAUCGAGGGGGCGAGGGAAAAGUGACCCAGGCAGAUACAUCAAAGGCACUUUAUCACACGUUAGCAGUUCCAUCAGAAGAAGCACAGCGUGUGUUCCGACAAAUUGAUACCACAGGGAGAGGGUACAUCACAUUCGAUGAAUUCAGACAGUAUUCAAAAUGGAAAUCAGAGUAUUCACACAUAUUUCUAAGACAUGGGGAAGAAGAAGAGAAAAAAGCAGCCCCUAAACUCCAUGUUUGUGAUUAUAAUAAUGCGAAUUACAAAACAAAAGCGGAGUGACGCAUUCUCUCGAAGAUCCAUUCGUAGGGCAAAACUGUUUUGAUGACAAAAUAUUUAUAUGGAUACAACAAGAUUAUAAAUUUGGAGCCAUUCAUAUCUGUAUGAAGUGGUAAAUUUUAAUGAUUAACUCAAUUCAGAUGCAAUUGAGAUGGGGGGAAUACAUAUAGUUUCAUUACAUUACAUUUUCACCGUAAUAAAAUAUCAAGGUUGAUAAUCUCGUUCAGACCUUAAUUGUUUGAUGAAAAUCUUCUGGUUUUCUCUCUGAUAAACAUUUGUCUGUGCUGUGGUCUUCAGUGUUGUGACACUGCAUUAGUCUUACAUAACAAUACUGAUGCUUCAGAGAUGAAGUGUGUAUGGCGAGGAAUCAGAUCCAGGAAAUGGAACCUGGUUAGGGAAGUAGGCAGUUAUGAAGAUCACCAUUCUGAGGGCUGCAUAUCAAGAUUUUUUAUCUCUGGAAUAUAAUGUUGUAUAGCCCAUCAUUUCCCUGAAGAUAGAACUCCUCAUAACAAGUAUUGUGAGAACCCUGAAUGAGGCCAUAAUAUUGUUUAUAGGUAGACUUUCACACAAGUCUGUUUCCCUCUUGUGAUAACAUAAUAUUGAGGUCCUGAAAAUGGCUGUGUUCCCGCUAACAGUUUCACUGUCCUGACCAGGCAACAUUUUCUCACCCCCUUCUGCGAGUCUGCAUGAUCAUGUUCCCUUGCAAGCUGCUUGUAUAAACCCAGUUGAGUUCCUCACUCUGUACACACUGUGUUUCUCUGAAAUGCUGGGUCUGCCUAUACAACCCAGAAGAUUAAAAUCAUUGCUUUGAAUAACCUCAAAAACUUAUGUUUAUUGAAGAGUAGUUCUUCUUGAAUGUGAUCCUGUGUAGCCUAGUAGUUCACCAAAGUUCUGGAAAAUGUAUUGCCUCCCUUAUCAGUGUUGAAAAGUAAGCCAAGCUAGCAACCAGCAACAGUAACAUUGUUUCAAGCUGAUUGCUUGCUUCACUCACUCUUUGACCCUGAAGACUGAAGCAAUAUGUUCCUCUGAAAUGUCACUAAACUUCUGCAGACUAUAAAGCAUUACAUCCCAGAAUACAAUAAUCAUCACUGGCAGAACUUCUGAUCCAACAUAAUUAUCUAGAUGACGAGCCUGAACAUUUUCAGUUCUUGGGAAAAUCAAAAUUGCAUAAAGCACUUCAAUGACCUGUACCCCAACACACAAAAUGGGGCAUCAUUAAUUAUGCAGGUGCAGACUGACCUAUCUACCACUUUGAAUCCACACUGAAUGAGGUGAUAAACAUAUUGAAUGUGAUAACAGACUAUUUAAAAAAAAACAUUCAUGAUCAGCUCAGAAUAUAAUUAUAGAUAUAUCUAGCACGUCUGUUGGGCUAACCCUGGAUACAGCCAUUUCAAGUUCUAUUUUUUUCUUUCUUACUAGCUGAACACAUACGUUUAUGUGUUUCUUGAAUGUAUAAAUUUUCAUGCCUGUUCGAAGAAUAGACCUUGAAGUGGAACUGAGCAUUUCGAUUCUUCUGAUAUUAGGAAAACGGUAUUGCCUUUAUGGAAAUAGCAUUAGGAAGUCACAAGCCACCUAAGAUUUUGCAGACUGCAGCUCCAGUAGUUUCACUCUAAACCUAAGUUAUAUUUUUCUUGAGACAUUUACUUAACAUAAUUACAUUCAAAACAGUGUAUCAUUCAUUACUGCCAACACUUUGCCCACUUGUAUACUUUACAGAGCCACCACAGCUGUGACUAGAGCAACAUGCUUUGUCUGUGUGAUAAGUAAAGCUAUCCCUCUAACAGGCCGUGAAGGCCCAUAUGGUUGUGAGACGUUGAGAGUCCAAAAUUUUCUAUAUACAAUCAGCUCACUGAUGGCAGUAAGGUCGUCAUCCUUACACGCCGGCCACACUUUACUCCCCAGGGAAAUUAUUUAAUUAAUUCCUGGUACUCAUUUCUGUUAGAGGCUGAGUCGACCAUACUGCCUCAGCCAACUACACUACCACGUGCACCACUUUAAUUUGGGUCAUCAGAAAAGAACUGUUACCCUUUUGUGAGAAACUGACUGCUACAUUUAGGGAGCGGGACAGUUGUGCAGUGAAAUGUUCUUGAGGGAUCAUCUGUUCCAAUAUGGAGCUAGCAUCCAACAUUUGACUUGCAGAAAAUUUUCUGUUAGAUAACAGUAUUUCAUGGAGGGACAGUGAGAAUUCUGAAGCCGGCUCUGAGAGUCUAGAAAUGCUUUUGUACAGAUUUCUAUUACUGUUCAAGAUUGCCAUCUUCUGGGCUGUGAUGCCAUAUAGUUCGUUAUGGAUACAGACGAGCAAGGCCCAGAAACAGUCGCGAACAAAGGUCCCAGUCCAUCCUUUCCCUGUAUACAUAGUACUUUUUUAUAUGCUGAGCUUAAUGUUCUGCUCUGGAGAUAGUGGCAAGAGGUUCCUCUAAAACACUGGCAGUGUUCUACCACACUACACGGUAUCACAUCCCAGAAAGUGAAAAUCUUCAUUGUCAUCACCAUGAGAAGUUCACACGUUAGAAUUUAUUUGCAGUUGUUUACCGCCCACCAUGCAUCAAUAUCAGCGUUUUAAAAUUUGUCGCUGCACUAUAAGUUUCAGGCUACAUGUGCAUUAAAACUUGGGGGAACUACUGUGUCUUCAUAUUUACAAUGUAGUAGAUGAUCUAGUUCCUCCUGUGCCAUAUUUGUUGUCCUUUCUGGCAUGCCUGUUGCCUAUCUAGUGUGCAGUAUGGAUGUUAUAAUAUUGACUUCAUUUAAAAGAAAUGUAAAUAUGAAAAUACCGAACACAGUAGCAUCGAAGGCACAGCAAUUCCCCCAGCUUUCAAUGCACCUAAUGACAGCUGAGUAGGCUGAAACAUCUAGUGCAGUGAAAAGUUUUAAAAGGACUGAGUUUUAAAAUCUUGGUUUUGUUGCAUGGUGAAAGGUAAACAAUUGAACAUACAUUCUAUUACCAACUGCAACAGGAUGCUAAGAAACAUUAUGAACUCGCAUGUUAAUUAUUCCUCAUACUCUGCAAAUUAUGUGAAUGUUUAAGAGAAUGGUCACUGCAGGAUAUUAGAAAUAUAUUUGUUCUACAAGGAUCUGUUCAAAUUAAGAUACAGAAACAGAUCAUAUGCUUAUAUGCAUGCAGUGCCAAAUUUGCUCUUGUGUUACUUUUGGGGGGGGGGGGCAUGAUGGGUUCAAUCCCAGGUCAGGAACUUCAGUGAAUCUUCUUCAAACACUUAGGAUUCCAUUGUCAAUUCUCAGUCCGCCAACUGCUCCACAUACAUCAAUCAUUCUAUCAUCCAAUGCUGUAUACUCUCACUACUGACAGCAACGUGAAAUUACCGAUUAAAAAAAUGCUUUUGGGUGGUAUUCUUCAAGAGCACCCUAAGACAGAGACUAACAUCUGGUAACGAGAUAAGUUACAUAUUCCCUGACGCUGGUGUUUGAGUAACCUCUUCUUGAAGUCUAGUGCUUCAUAUAAAAACUAUUGUGCCCAUUUUCCUGUUUCAUGUACUUCAUAUGAUGGGGUAGGGUGCGGGUUUGGUGGCAUUUAUGCUGAAGUAUUUCUAUAAACUGGCUGACAACAUUCUGAUUAAAGUUGACUGAUCAGGCUCAAAUGGUAACUUGUGUUCUGAAUUCCCCGGGACACCAACUACCCUCACUGAGAUUAUUCAUAAGCUUCAUGAGCCAGUACCACUUCCUUCCACAUUCUUACAAAUUCAUUAUUCACUGUCAUACCAUCCCUACAAUACAUAUAACACAAGCUACUGGCAUCAUGAUUAAAUAAACCAUAAGUAAAUACAGAUAAGAUUGAAUUUAGUAUCCCCAUAUAAUUCUUGUGUGCACAGUUGAGGAAUAUUGUGUUUUACAGCUGAGAAUGUGCGGUGUUUUUAAUUGCACUGAGCCCAACAAACAUGUAACAGAAAGACGACGGUUAUCAGUGUGUAAUAAUUACUUAUUUUUUUAUAAUUUUACACUUGUGACGAACAUUUCAGGUAAGCCAAUAUUAAUAAUAUAUAAUGAACUUGGGAUAGUAGUAAGUCCGUGUAGUUAGAUAACUUAUUGUCAUAUUUAUAUGCAGAUGUUUAUGUACAGAACGUAUUUAGCAUAAUAGGAAUUUCCAUUUUUCAAUAUAUUUAUCAUACAAUGUAUUCCAUCUUGCAUGUACAUAUUACAGCUAGCUGUAUUACAAUUUUAUUUGAAUCAAAGCAUUUGUUAUCACAAAAUGCCUUUCAUUUGUCAACGUAAUAUAUGUGGGAAAAUAGGUUAUGUAAGUCAAAUUUAAUUUGUAAUCCUUUUCUGCUGUAGAAGUGUACUUUAUUUUCAUAAAUGUAAUUCAUAAUGAAGAAUAAAUAGAAUAAAUGAUACUUUCAGUGUUU